UAUAGAGGCGGUGAGGAGCAGAAGGAGCUGGCUUGCAGGAAGAGAGAGGAUAGGGAGGAGUGCUGCAGAAAAAAAAGACUGAGCGCACAGUCCUGGGAAGAAGAAGAAUGCCUGGAAGAGACCGCCACUCGCACAAUGACCUGAAGGUCUUCAGCUUCAGUUGAGAAUGGCGGGAGAUUCCAGAAUCCUCAUGGACCACAACAUAGAGAUAGGUGUCACGCCUGCACAGGUGAAGAAGCUUCCCAAACACUUACGGGACGCCCAGAUCUCGACAGAGCGAACGCACUUGAUAUCCGACCCUGCCAAGAAGCCACGUCAGCGCUACGUGCAAAAGGACGGCAAGUGCAACGUCCACCAUGGAAACGUACAAGAGACCUACCGAUACCUCAGUGACUUGUUCACAACACUAGUCGACCUCCGCUGGCGUCUUAGUCUCUUUAUUUUCACCCUGGUUUAUGUUGUCAACUGGCUUUUCUUUGGCUUUUUGUGGUGGUUGAUUGCACUCAUCCGUGGGGAUCUCCUGCAUGCAGACGAAGAGGGCUGGACCCCCUGCGUGGAGAACAUGAACAGUUUUGUCUCGGCCUUUCUUUUCUCUAUCGAGACAGAGACUACAAUUGGGUACGGUUAUCGUGUUAUCACGGAGAAAUGCCCGGAAGGUAUUGUUCUGCUUUUGGUGCAGGCCAUACUGGGUUCCAUUGUCAAUGCCAUGAUGGUGGGCUGCAUGUUCGUCAAGAUCUCACAGCCUAAGAACCGCGCAGAGACCCUCAUGUUCUCGCACAAAGCAGUCAUAUCGAUGCGAGACAACAAGAUGUGCCUGAUGUUUCGAGUGGGGGACUUGAGAAAUUCUCACAUUGUGGAGGCCUCCAUCCGAGCAAAGCUGAUACGUUCGCAGCAGACAAAGGAGGGGGAAUUUAUCCCGCUCAACCAAACAGACAUAAACAUUGGCUUCGACACGGGGGACGACCGACUGUUCCUGGUAUCCCCACUCAUCAUCUCACAUGAGAUCAACGAGAAGAGCCCUUUCUGGGAAAUGUCCCUGGCACAAAUGGAGAAGGAAGAGUUCGAGAUCGUGGUUAUCCUUGAGGGCAUGGUGGAGGCCACAGGGAUGACGUGUCAAGCAAGAAGCUCCUACCUGGACACAGAAGUGCUUUGGGGCUACCGCUUCACACCCGUUCUCUCCCUGGAGAAGGGCUUCUACGAGGUCGACUACAACAACUUCCACGACGUCUACGAGACCAACACCCCUAUCUGCAGCGCCAAGGAAUUGGCCGCCAAGCUCCGGGAGGGGCCGCUAUUGCCUCAGCUGUCAUUGCUCAGCCCGGAACCAAAAAUGCAUACUUUUGACCCUCUAAACCGCCUGUCUGACUUGGACCCACCGAGCCAGGUUGAGGACAAGGAGGAAGGGGAAUCAGGAGGAGACAGAGGAGAGACCAAUGGCUCUGCGGCUGCUUUAGAGGAGACGCCCUUUGCUGAUGGACUACCUGACUGAUUAGCCAUGAACAGCCAGCUUGUUCCAUUGCAAGGACACUCUUCUUCAGCCUCGGAAUCAUGCAAUACUCCUCUUCUAGAGUGUCAAUCUAUAGUAUAGAUUGCUUUUUAGACACUGUACUGUAAGUAACGACACACAUACAGCAUCUAUAUCUUCACUUAAAAAGUUGGUGGUGCCGAUUGUCUUUUUAUAAUUCUAUAAUCAUGUCCACUUACUACUAUUACAGUUGUGUGAGGGAAACUCGAUCUGAAGAUUACAGAUUACACCGAGCACAUUAUGGAUAUACCAUUGCUCUGAUUUUAAAGAGUAUUGAUUCAUCUUAGCAAAGCUAAUGUGUCUGACAGACGCAUCUCUGCAGUGAUGGAGGAAAAUUAUUCGCCGCCUCUGUUCAUGUUACACAGUUUCCUCUUCACUGGAACAUGUAAGGCUAAUCGUUUGCUCGUAGGAAAACCUAGGAAACGAUCCAAAUGCAACGAAUAUGCAGUUUUUGUUUUCGAAACCCUGUCUUUGCUGUGCGUCUAUCAUCAUGUGUCUGUGACUAAUUGUCUCUCUCGCACACACUGGGAGCUUUGCCCCAAAAUAUGCCAGCUUGUACCUCAUUCUAUGCUCAUUUUCAGGGUAAUUAUCUGCAACAUAGGCUGGUAAAAGAAGACAAUGCUGACAGAGUGACUAGCUGAUUGGAAGUAGUAAGAUUUCUCCCCCUACAAUUAUUUAAUGCUGCUUUGGUAAAUUAUAACUGGACAGUAGUGGUUAAGGUGCAUUUAAUUGACAAAGACCAAGACCAAAAUGUACAGUCGUCCCUCGCUACAUCACGCUUCAACCGUCAUACAUUGCAGUUAAAAAAAACACAGACAAACUUUUUUAAAGCAUAAUCUGCAUGUUUUGGCCUACAUUUAAAUGUUAAAUGAAGUUUUAUUUACAUAUAUCACAGUGCAGUAUUUUUUCUUAUUUUCUAUUAGUAUUAGGUUGUGGCGAUCGAUUAAUAUUCACCAAGCACGACUUCCGUUUCAGAGUUCAGGGUGAACUCUACUAUGUAAACAACACAACACCAAUCCUGGGGCGACUAUCUUCACCGCAACAGUCCCAAGUUGACUACCUUUUGGCAGAACAGCUUUCUGAUUGAUUUAAUCUUCAACUACUGAUUCAUCAAUACCACAUAUCCACAUUGGUGAGCCUUUGAUGUGAGCGAUGCAGAACGACAUCAGUUGGACAAAGCAUCAAAGUCAGUGCAGCACUUCAGGCUAACAAGACUGCUAUAACCUAUCGGCAACAGAUCAGCCAAAGUGGAGAUGUACAAUUUUGUUGUACUUCAUCUUCCACAUCAAUAUCACAGCUUUGGCGUGAGCGAUGUGAAAUAACAAGGCAGACAAGAAAUGCUAACAAGGAAUGCUUACAUCAAAGCAAAUUGUUGUAGCUGCAAGUGUCAAGUUGACUACGUUUUUGCAAAACAACUUGUGAUUUUAGCAGAUCAAAGCCCAGUUUUAACGUCGAGGAAUUUCUCAGGGUGUGACAAAAUAUUUCGAAUUUGUGGCCAUGUUUUAGUGGCCGGGCAAAAGCUAGAGCAAUGACAUUUGGAGGAUGCUGCGGGCUAUCGUUGCGUACUGUAACCUACAGUAGAACAAAUUCAAGGCUAGUAUAUUGGGUGAACAAGUGUAAAGGUGAGUUUAUGGAUGUAACGAUAUGAACAUUUCAUAACACGGUUAUUGUGACCAAAAUUAUCACGGUUAUUAUUGCGGUAAUGUUGAAUGUGCUCAAAAAGUACUCAUACACACACUGAAAUCUUUUGACCAAGUUAUUUAAAUAAAACAAACACAAUGUUACAAAACCCACUAUGUUGCAUGUUUUGUGUUUCUUAUGCUUCACUGAUAGUGUUUUAGUCUUAAGUUUUAAUGGUAUCAUUUAAGCUUUUAUUGUUUUGAAUAUUUGUUUGUCCUGUAGCACUUUAAGACUUAUUUAAAUGAAAAGUGAGUAACAAAAUGUAUCAUUAUUCUUUAUUAUUUUUGGUGGAUGUCGUGGCGUCUUACUCGGUUCAGCGGUCCUUGAAUGCACCGUAAAAACACACCUCCGUCUCGUAAUCCUCAAUCACUCAGGCUAAGAGAGCACAGCUUGUAGGUUGAUUGUGCACAACUGAAUACUGUAGCUUAGUUGCUCAGACAGCAAUGUGCUUGUGGUUAGCGUGUCCGCCCUGAGAUCGGUAGGUCGUGAGUUCAAACCCCAGCCGAGUCAUACCAAAGACUAUAAAAAAUGGGACCCAUUACCUCCCUGCUUGGCGCUCAACAUCAAGGGUUGGAAUUUGGGGUUAAAUCACCAAAAAAUUAUUCCCGAGCGCGACCACUGCUGCUGCUCACUGCUGCUGCUCCCCUCAAAUGCAGAGAGUAAUUUUCACCACACCUAGUAGUGUGAUAUUUUAACUUAACUUAUAUAAGUUUAGAUUGGGGAAAUGCAUUUAAGCUUGUGAGCUGGCGCCAGUCAGUCCAUGAGUUUAUCAAAGUAUUUAAAACGGUACUACGAAGUUUUACCACGGUUAUCAUUAUUAUCGUUUAUCCCUACAUCCCUAGGAUGACUGUAUGGGUGUUAUUUCAUGUUUAAAGGGCUUUAUAAUGUGAAAAAAAAAGCAUUAAGAAGGUUGUAAACAGUUUUAUUAUGCUCUUACUAUGAAAAACUAGAUUUAUUAGUGAUUAUCCUACAUUGCGGGAAGUUGUUUAUCGCAAUCAUGUCCGGUCCCAAUUAACCGUGAUAAGCGAGGGACAACUGUAUGUGCUGUAAUCCAACAAACCUUGUCUGCAUCACAAACAUGUCAACUAGUGUUGUAGUCAAGACUAUGGACGGGCAUUUGACUCAGUUUUCUUGAUCAAUAAUAAUUGGAAAAUGUAUAACUACUCACAAUUCAUGAAAUAGUCAGCUAGCUAACAAACAGGUGGUUUAACUUAAACUGUACACUGUGGUCAUUAUAGCAUUGCUGAAAACAACAAAUCCAAUUUUGGCCUUGAUCAGACCAGAGGUUUUUCAAAGUGUGGCACAGUGAGACUCUCCUUAGAGAAUACAGUUUAAUACAAUACUAUUCCUCGAAAAACUGAUUUUCUGGAGCAUACCCUAUAUUAUGGAGUUUACUGCUCACCCAGCUGUGUACUCACUCUCACUGUAGGAAGUAAAAAUCAAUACAUUUUGCCUUUAAACAUAACAGUCGUUAGCUGGGUAGGUUUGAAAAAUCUUUUUAGGUUUUUAUCGUUGGCCACCCUUGAGGUCUUCUGGUACUUUGAAAACCCGUGGCACAGACAUUUGCAGCGUAUACAGCAAGGAUACAGACACCAGUCCUAACAAAGCCACUGCCCCGUCAAAUUAUGAUGAACGUCCAAUUGUAAACAUAUUGCAGCUUAAUCCCCCUUCUAGAUAGAGUUAAUUAAAGGGAAAUAUUGUGUCUUUCAGUAUUCCAUAAGAGGAGAUGAUCGGUGUGGAUCAAACUGCUCACCAAGUACUGCUGCCGGCUGAUGCAUGUCAGUUAUAGGAAGACGGAUUUUAUACGAAGUGUAUUUUUCAAAUGGUCUAUGAAAUGUUGGCUGAAACACAUGAUGACAAUGUCUACUUAUUUUAACGGGAGUCUACCUGCACAGAUGCAACUGUUGUUGAUGAGCAGAUCUUGGGUCUGUCAUCUGGAAUAUUUGCCUUUUUUCAUUGAUUCCGUCAUGUCCUCACCCUAUUACUUGAAGUCUUUUUGUCCUUAGAUAAUUUAAAUUUCUUCAUUGUUUUACCC